CAGAAAGAAGCAGGAUGUUACCGUAUCAGUUUGAGGAUCCUCACGAUGCUGAAGAUGCGAUUCAUGGUCGAGAUGGAUAUGACUUUCAUGGUCACCGCCUAAGAGUUGAGCUUGCUCAUGGAGGCCGCAGGCAUUCAUCGCCUGUCGAUAGCUAUGACAGUUACAGUAGCAGCAGCAGUCGUGGACCAUCAAGGCGAUCCGACUAUCGCGUUCUUGUCACUGGGUUGCCUUCCUCUACUUCAUGGCAAGACCUGAAGGAUCAUAUGCGCCGAGCUGGUGAUGUCUGCUUUUCUCAGGUCUUUCGUGAUCGGGGAGGCAUGCGGGGGAUUGUGGAGUACACAAGCUAUGAUGAUAUGAAAUAUGCUAUUAGGAAACUUGAUGACUCUGAAUUUUGAAAUGCAUACUCUCGUGCUUAUAUACGGGUAAGUUGGAAGUUGUACUCUUACACAUUCUUCAUUAGUGGGUUACGCUGCUUUGAUUUCCUUGAAUGACUAAAUAACUUCUACAAUUCCUUGGCAUUUUGCUUGGUACGGGAAGAUUAUUCUGGGAGAAACUACUCAAGGAACUGAAAUAAGCUGCUCCUCAUAUCUGGUUCCUGGCUCUUGAAUUCUAGUGAUAAUACUGAAGCAGUGACUGUCAGCUAAAUAGGUUUCCCCUGUUUAUUGUUCUCUGUGUUAUAUUAUCCUCCCUUUUUGGGUCGAGCUGUUACAAACAAGGUGAAGCCUUUGACUUGAUCUUGGUUCCUGGUAUUUUAUGGCCUUCUUUCUAGCCUGUUAAUCCACCAGCUAGUCCCGGAAUAGUGGAGUUAAAUUACUUGGUUCUUCGUACUUGAACUCGUAAGCCUCACAUCAUUCAGUUUUUGAACUUUUUCUGAAGACUGAUGUGCUUACCAACCUGGCAUACCGCAUAUGCCCUGACCCAGAGCUUGAGAUUUCCCCUUUUUGUUUUGAAGAAAGAACCAAUCCAAUU